UUUCUCUACCGGUUAUAAGCUUCCAGUUUCAAAGGUGCAGUUGAUGAAACUAUAGAUGAAAUUCAUCCGUGACAUUAAUAUGACAGAAUAUUUGGAGAGUUAGAUUGCAGAGGAGACAAGCAAAAUUACUGUACAAGUUUUAUAUGUGUUGGUGAAUCCAGGAAGGAUCUAUAAUUGAUGUAUUUUCAAUAAUAAUAUAAAAAAGAAUAGAAACCAGUAUGUUACCAGAAAGGAAAACAAAAGUAGAUCAGCUGAUCCGAAUCAUGGACCAUGAGGGACCUGGAGGGGCAUAUGAGCAGGAGUACUGUAUCUGUCGUUCCAAAGACUGUAGUCGAUUUAUGAUUGGUUGUGAUAACUGUGAGGAAUGGUACCAUGGAGAUUGCAUUGGAGUCACCCAGAAAGAUGCAGAGCUUAUUAAACACUUCUAUUGUACUUCUUGCAGAGAACAAGAUCCAAGCUUGGAAAUCAAAUACAAACACAAGAAAAGUUCCAAGGAGAAACACUCCUCCCACAAACAUUCAUCUCAUUCUGACAGAGAAUUCCGAAGCAGAGAUGAUUCUAGUAGUAAGAAGAAGUCGUCGCGACGUUGUGGGGAGUGUACAGCCUGCCACAGAACAGAGGACUGUGCGCGAUGUGACUAUUGUAAGGACAUGAAGAAGUUUGGAGGUCCAAACAAGAUCCGUCAGAAAUGCAGACUACGACAGUGCCUCAAUUUUGGUUUGAAUAUGAUGAAUAAAAAAUCCAUAGAAAAGCAAGAGUGUGUUUUGACCACAGAAACCGAGUCUAUCAGAACAGAAUAUUACAGUGGUGUUCGUGAUGAUGACGAUGACUUUAUGGAUGUUGAUGAUGAUCCCGAUUAUGGCUCAGAAAACAUUGAAAAAUCACCAAAGGGUAAGAGAGGGAGGAAGAAAAGUAUGUCGGAGAGUGGGUCAGCUAAAAAGAAGUACAAGAAAAGAGGACGCAAGCACUCACCAGACAAAAAAACAAAGAAAGCCAAAGAGAAUGCUUCCGUUGAAUCCAAGAGAAAGAGGUUGGAGAUAGAAGAUGUUCGUGAGAGCGAGGUUGAUGAGCCAAAACAAUGCUUUGGGCCUGGUUGUAUUGAAGCAGCCAGACCAAAUUCCAAGUAUUGUUCAGAUGAUUGUGGUCUUAAAUUGGCCAAAAGUCGGAUUUACGAGCUCUUGCCUCCUAAGAUUUCACAAUGGCAGAGCAGUCCUUGUGUGACAGAGGAGAACAAUAAGAAGAUGCUGGAGAAGAUAAGACGCGAGCAGCUCGAAUGUAGACAGAAACUGGCCGAGCUUGAUCUCAGACAUCAGGAGCUGGACGGCAUCGUUGACCGUGCCAAAAAUGUCACUAUCGCCCCAGAACAAGAUGAGAAGGAUAAUGAGGAUGAUCUGGAGUUAAGUUUGUACUGUGUUACAUGUGGUGCUGAGUUAAAUCAGAAAGGAGCAUUACGUCAUAUGGAAAAAUGCUUCUCCAAGUUUGAAGCCCAGACCUCUUUCGGCUCUAUCUACAAGACAAGGAUUGAAGGGAACUCUAUGUUCUGCGAUUACUAUAACACACAGCAGAAAGUGUAUUGUAAACGACUCAAAGUCCUGUGUCCAGAACACACCAAGGAACCAAAGGUCGGACCAGAAGAGGUGUGUGGAUGCCCUCUAGUGGUGGAUGUUUUCAUUGAAACUGGGGAAAUCUGUAGAGCCCCAAAGAAGAAGUGCAAUAAACAUUACUGCUGGGAGAAAUUACGCCGAGCCGAAAUCGACAUGGAGCGUGUUAGACAGUGGCUGAAACUAGAUGACCUCUUUGAGCAGGAGAGGAAUAUUCGUGUUUCCAUGGCAAACCGUGUGGGAGUCCUAGGACUGAUGCUCCACCAAACGGUGGAUCAUGAUCCGUUAAAUCCGAUUCGACCUCCAAACAUGGAGUAAAUCCAAAAAAACCUUAGGAUUCCAGCAAUGUGUUCUCAUUUUCUGUUAUUGAUAGGGCUGAUAAUGAAAUUCUUUAUACGGUGCCAACAAAUUGGGAUCAUUUAAACUUAAAAUGACAGUGACUUGUAAGUAAAUUAUUAAGUAGUGGAUCCCAUGCUAGAAGUUCCACUUUUUAAUCCAAUAUACAUUUGUACAUGCACCUCAUAUGUACAUGUAUGUAAACUAAUGCAUUAAUGUUGUAUAUAUCCGUUUGAUUUUUUUUUACCCUGUACG